AUGGGAUUGUGCAUAAUAAUCUAUCUGCUGCUGUUGGCUCUCUUCAACAUCUCAACAAUCCUAGCACAAGAUCUGUGCCCUUCUUUUCACUGCGGCAACGUCACGGUGCACUACCCUUUCAAAUUGGAAGACGAGACGCCUCCAACUUGGAGCAGCUGCACCUACAUCAACCUCAACUGCAACAGGGCCUCGAACGCCACCAUUCUCAACCUCCCUCACUUGGGAGAAUUCUACGUCCACAGGAUCGACUACACUCAGCUAUACAUCCAACUCUACGACCCUCGGAAUUGCCUCACGGAGAGACUCUUCGACUCGAGCUUGAGCCCCCCUAUAUCUUCUCCUUUCAAGGCUGCCUAUGACAACUACACCUUGUAUGUAUGCCCUCUUGAUUUUCCUGUGGAUCCGAUUCUCUGCUUGAGCAACUCCACGAAUGUGACUGUAGCUGCUCGUGGUUCGUUCAAGGAUGAACAUAGGUGCCAGGCUACGCGCACCGGGCCUCUUCCAGUAUAUCAUGAUGCCAAUUUCUUGUUCCUAACUUGGGAUUAUGAUGAUUGCAUAAAGUGUAAAGACAGUGAUGAUCAUGAUUCAGGCAGAAAGGGAUCGAAGAUAAUAAGCAAGAUAGUUGCAGUGGCAUUGACUUUGCCUGGCCUCAUCAUUAUGAGCUUAACCUGCUGCUAUGUUUUUUGCUUCCACUUAAUGAGGAUGAUUGGAGGCAGAUACGUUCCGGACUUUGCUGCUGUUGCAGCAGAAUCCGGAGCGGCUCCUCUGCCAUCCAUCACCAGCAACCCGGCGGGGCUGGAUGAGUCCAAGAUCGUGCGAUGCACGGAACUAGUUAUUGUUAACGGGGACCUGAGCUGUAAGAGUACUAAGACGUGCUCGAUAUGCUUAGAGAAUUACUCUGAGAAGGAGACAGUGAGUGUAAUAAGUAAGUGUCAACACUGCUUUCACACUCACUGCAUCCAGCAAUGGCUCGAAAAGAGCGACACAUGUCCCGUUUGUCGGACUUCUCUAUCCGACGUCGUUUAA